AUGGCCUUCGCCCUCUCCUCCAAGAGCGCUCUGCGCACCGCGGCCCGCACGACCGGUGCUAAGUCCUCCCGCGUGGUGCCCCGCGCGGCCGUUGAGUGGUAUGGCCCCGACAGGCCCAAGUACCUGGGCUCCUUCUCCGAGGCUGAUACUCCCUCGUACCUGACUGGCGAGUUCCCCGGCGACUACGGCUGGGACACCGCCGGCCUGUCGGCCGAUCCCGCCACCUUUGCCCGCUUCAGGACCAUUGAGGUCAUCCACGCCCGCUGGGCCAUGCUCGGCGCUCUGGGCUGCGUGACGCCCGAGCUCCUCGCCAAGAACGGCGUGCCGUUUGGCGACUCCGCUGUCUGGUUCAAGGCUGGCACCGCCAUCUUCGCCGAGGACGGCCUCAACUACCUGGGCAACCCCAACCUGGUGCAUGCCCAGUCCAUCCUGGCCACCCUGGGCUUCCAGCUCGUGGUGAUGGGCGCCGCUGAGAGCUUCCGCUACAACGGCGAGGCCCCCGGCGGCUUCGGCGAGGGCCUGGACACCCUGUACCCCGGUGAGGCCUUUGACCCCCUGGGCCUGGCCGACGACCCCGACACCCUGGCUGAGCUCAAGGUCAAGGAGAUCAAGAACGGCCGCCUGGCCAUGUUCUCCAUGUUCGGCUUCUUUGUGCAGGGCCUGGUGACCGGUGACGGCCCCAUCGCCAACCUGGACAGCCACCUUGCUGAGCCCGGCGCCAACAACGCGUGGGCAUUCGCUUCCAAGUUCCUGCCGGCAUAA